AUGUUCACCUCCGCCGCGAUGGGAAUUCUGGUGGAUCAGGGCAAAUUGCAAUGGCAAGAUCCUGUGCAGAAAUAUCUUCCCGACUUUUGUCCCAUUGGAGAUCCUCAGAUAGGUCAGUCUGCAGACAUUAUUGAUCUACUUCGCCAUUCCACGGGCCUUGGCAAUAUAGGACCUCUUUGCUUGGGGCCAGGGGCGACUAUUUUGAUGGAUGAAGAUGAUAUGAUCCCAUUGCUCAAUAUGGCUUCUACUGCCAACAAAAGGGGACAACGAUUUAACCGCGAGUGGGGCUAUAAUAACAUUGCUUACGGUAUUGUAGCCAGGGUUAUUGAAAAGGUCAGUGGCCAGCGGUUUGAUCAAUUUGUCCAACAGCACAUUUUACUGCCAUUGGGGAUGGAUCGAACUAUGCUGAGAACGGCAGAUGUUGAAAUGGACGAUAAUGUGGCUAUCCCAUGCGUUGCUCUGGGGAAUGGACAAUAUGUCGAACUCACAUCUCAAUCUUGGCCGUGUGAGAACAAUUCACCGUUACUGGCUGCGACAGGAAUCCGAAGCAGUAUGAAUGAUAUGCUCAAGUGGUGCAUGGCCGUACUUUCAGCCGAGCGUGAAGAGCAAUCCAUCGUGAAGGGCGAGAAGCCCGUCGGAGUUAGCACAACUUUACAGAAGGCUUGCAUCUCCAAUAAGAAUCCAUUAAAGCAGAUGACUCGGAUUCGUCGAGGCUACUGGACUCGACCGGCCGAUGACCCUUCGACUAGUAAAGAUGCUGCAUAUUGCAUGGGCUGGAUUCGAAUGUCCCUACCAUCUUCGAUGCUCGGGGCUUUUAGUGGCAAUGGGCUCACUCGAGAGAAAGGUCGACAGUUGCAUGUAAAGCCUGAUUUCAUUCUCGGUAAAGGAUCUGAUCCGUUUCUCACGAUAGGUCAUUCAGGGGGAAUGGCGGGAUCGUUAGCAACAGUAUGGACAUUCCCCAAAAGUCAGAGUGCGGUAAUCGUCAUGGCCAACGGCCGCAGCUUCGGUGACGCGACCGACUUUGUGUCACAAAUACUGAUACAAGCUUUGUUUGAAUUGAAACCAGAAGUUGACCUGGUCCCAUGGGUUGCAAUAGAGACAAACUUGGCCCAAAGCUAUUUUGUUGACCGAUUGCUGAUGCCCUGGGCGAAGAAUAGGUGCCUUGAUGAUAUAAAACGGACUUCUUCGCUGUAUGUGGGACAUUAUCAAGGAUUCGGAGACCUUUUUACAUUAGAAAUUGGAGCAGAUGAGAAUGGAGAGCUUAGUGUGAUCUUCAACAAUCGCCAGACCACCCGCUGUCCUUUGGUCUUUUUCCGCACGGAUGUCUAUAGCUUUUUUAUUGAAGACCGAGAUACCUGGAUGACGAGGGCCAUUUUCGCGAAGUCUUAUGAGGAUACCCUGCUGGAGUUUGAGCUAGACAAGAAUUUGGAGAAUGUGACGGGUCUCUGGUGGCUUUGGAACCCAGACGAAGAGCGCGGUUGGUUCAAAAAGGUCUGA